AUGUAUAAUAACUAUUCAUUAAAAAGUAAUUGUUUGUAAGUAUUAUUAAUAUAGAAAGACAUGCACAGAAAAUAUUUUUAGAAUCAAAUUGAAAAAAAUAAAGAGCCAUCUACCUUGCCUAAUGAUCUAUGGAAUAUAAAUAAAAUUGAGAACAAUUGGGAGAAUGAUGAAGGAGAAUUGCAUCCACCUCAACUUAGGAAUAUGAUGUAUUUAUUUUAAUCUAUUUUUAGGAGCUCCCUGUCAGAAAAGUUCGAGGAAGAGUUAGAAUCCCCAAUAAACAUAAAGUUACAAACAGAGAACUAAUAGAACCAAUAGGAAAAUGUUUAAAUGGACAAAAACAAUGAAGGGCCUCUCAUUUAAAUUUAAGUUUAGCCAUCGAACCCUGACGAUCCUCUUAUAUCCACUUUAGAACAAAGAAGUAGAAGAAUACGCAAAUAAAACUAAAAUGCUGCUUUACAAAGGAAUUCUGAGUACAAUUAGGAAUCUGAUCUUAAUUCCCAAUCUAAUGAACACACUAUGAAUCCUUGCAAUUGCUCCAAGUCUAAUUGUCUUAAGUUGUACUGUCAAUGUUUCCAUUAAAAUAAACAAUGUACAGAACUUUGCAAAUGUUUGGAUUGCAAGAAUUGUGAUUAUCAUACCCAAAUGAGAUAGACGGCAUUAGAAAAAAUUAAGAUAAAGUCUUAGCGAUAAAAACAUGAUAAUGACCUCUUUGACUUAUCUACUGUAUGGGGUUGCAAGUGUUAAAAAUCCCAAUGUUAAAAAAAUUACUGUGAAUGUUUUAGAAGAAAUCAAAAAUGUAAUUCAAGUUGUAGAUGCAAGGGUUGUGCAAAUAAAAAAAAAAUACCAAUUUAAUUAAAGAGAAAGAAGAAAAUUGAAACUGCUGCCAAUUGA